AUUGACCAAUCGCAGCUCGGCACACAUUUUAAUUGACAGGGCAAUUCUGGAUCUUAACCAGUCAGAUUACGAGGCGGGUUUAGAGGGGCGGGAUUUUCUGGCGUCUUAACCAAUCACGACGUGAGCGGGGCGUUUCCCGCCGUUUUCCCCUCACCGCGGGAGCCGCCAUGGAACUGCUCCGGCCUUGGCUCGUCCCUUUCCUGCUGCCCGACCACUGCUUCGACCAAUUCUUCUUGCGCUUUCAGCUCCUCGAUGUUCCGUGCUUGAAAAUCCUCCUGAGCAAAGUCCUGGGCUACGGGAUCGUGGCGGGAUCUCUCCUGGUGAAGGUCCCCCAGCUGCUGAAGGUUUGGGGGUCCCGCAGUGGGAGGGGUCUCAGCCUCCCCUCGGUGCUGCUGGAGCUGCUGGCCCUGGGGGGCUCCGUGGGCUACGGCUGGGCCAAGGGCUUCCCCUUCAGCACCUGGGGGGAGUCGCUCUUCCUCCUGCUGCAGAACCUGGGCCUCCUCUUCCUCCUGCUGCACUUCAGGGGCCGCUCGGGGCCAGGGCUCCUCCUGCUCGCCGUUUUUGGGGCUUUUUUGGGGAUUUUGGUUUCUCCCCUGACCCCGCUGAGCUUCGUCACCGCCCUGCAGGCCCUGAACCUGCCCAUCAUCAUCCUCAGCAGGGUGCUCCAAAUUGUCACCAACGCCCGGCAGGGCCACACGGGGCAGCUCUCGGGGGUCACCACGGGGCUCCUUUUUGGGGGGGCCCUGGCCCGAAUUUUCACCUCCCUCACGGAAACCGGGGAUUUCCUUUUGGCCUCGACCUUCGCGGCCUCGGCCUCGUGCUCCGGGGUCCUGCUGGUCCAGCUGCUGCUUCUGGGGGGUCCCCGGGACCCCCCACCCCAAAAAGGACUGACCCCAAAAACUCCCCCCCCCCCAAAAAAAAAAAAAAAACCCAAAAAAAACCCCGCGAAAAUCGCCCCAAAAUCGAAUUUUUAGGGGAUUUUUUGGGAUUUUUUUUCUCCAUUUUCAACCCCUAAAAUCUCACCUGAGACCCCUAAAAAAAUUUUUUUUAGGAUCCCAAAAUUUUUUUAGGGGAUCCCCAAAAUUAUUUUGGGGGGAUCCCAAAAAAAACCCUGAAAAAACAAAAAAAAAACCCCAAAAAUUGAGAUUUUUUUGAGGUAAAAAAAGCGAAUUUUGGGAUUUUUUUCCUCCAUUUUCAACCCCUAAAAUCUCACCUGAGACCCCUAAAAAAAAUUUUUUUUAUGAUCCCAAAAUUUUUUUAGGGGAUCCCCAAAAUUAUUUUGGGGGAAUCCCAAAAAAAAAAGAAAAAAAUCCCCAAAAAUUGAGAUUUUUUUAAGGUAAAAAAAGCGAAUUUUGGGAUUUUUUUUCCUCCAUUUUCAACUCCUAAAAUCUCACCUGGAACCCAAAAAAAAUUUUUUUUAGGAUCCCAAAAUUUUUUUAGGGGAUCCCCAAAAUUAUUUUGGGGGAAUCCCAAAAAAAAACCCUGAAAAAA